AUGUCUUCACAAGCCUCUAAACCUUCUUCUCCAAGCUCAAUAACGGAAGAAAUUUCUUCUCGAACAAUGGCGGACGCUGUCGAGAAUGCCAAUGUUAAGGCCGAGUAUGGCGUGGCUACGGGCGAGAUUGUGAAUCUAGUAAGGGCUGAGAUUAAGAGUAGAAUCGAGGAGUUGGAGAAGGGUAGGACAAAUACUGUUGCUGAAAAUGUCAGGCGUGAUAAUGCAAUUUCCGAGCUUAAGGCCGAAGUGGUAAAAUUAAGGGACGACAACGAGGAGAACAAACAGCAAACCUUCUUUCAAUCAGAGAUGUUACCAGAGAAGGUGGGUGUGAGUGAUCAUAAGUCAUUGGAGGAAAAAGAGACAGACGCUUUCUUGAACGAGCAUAAGAAUAAGGAAGAUAAACAUGUGACUGAAGUUUCAGCGAACUUGGUCUGCCCAAAUAAUGAGACUUCAAUAGAGAGAAAUGGUGAUAUUGUUAGUCUAUAUAAAUUGCAAUCACUUUAUCGAAAAACCAAAUAUGGAUUUAAUGAUGACCCUGAAGAUGAAAUACAAGAAGAUGACCCAGAAAGUGAUCAGACUAAUGCUAGAGUUUAG